UGCACCUCAGUCGACUCGUGUUGCGUUACUAAAUUUAAGAAUUCACUUGAGAAAUAUCUGGGUCUUACGCAACCUUUUCCUGUCCAUCCAUGUUUAUCAGCACACUUUCCUUUUCUGCUGCCUCUGACAGAGACCAGCGUGACUCCAUUGAUGGUUUGAUAAGUUUAACAGCAAUUGUCCGGUUACUAGUACUGUAUCGAUACCCAAUGUAUUCCCCAUAUUGAUACUGGCACUCAGUUUCGACCUGUGCAUGCUACGUGUCCCCUCUCCAACCCCUUAAGUGAGCAAUGUUAUUUGGAAAAUUUGUGGUAGCGCUUUAAUUGCAGUGAAAUGGAAGUUCACAAUGAAACAUUCCUGUACUUAACGUUCGUAAUAAUCCUGUUUCAUGUCCUACAUUUUCACCUCCUAAAUUCCCUCUGCAAUGCACGGCAGCGUGGGUUUUGUAUUAACACAGCCGAUCGAGCCCCUCCUCCCUAUUUGUUUCGUGUCACUGAUCUCUCCUUAUCAUUGCCAGAAAUGUAUGUCAGUGGGGCAAGCUAAGAGUGGAUGCAGCAAACUUGCUAUAGAGGCAUGAUAGCAAGUACCAUGGUGCACAAUGCAGGUCUGUGCUGCAUAAUUUCACGUCGCUUGCUAUACCAGUUCCUCAAACAGUGACCCUCCAACCCUGAGCCACACGUGGACUUAGCUUUUCAGUUUUUUUCUUAAGGUUUGAACUUGGAAACUGCUGCAGAAAGCUCCUUGCAUCCACUGCAACAACAGAACAAGCAUUUCACAGCUAAGCCUCGCACCAACGGUUCUGCUCGUUAUUCGGCAGCAGAAAAGAGCAACCGGACCAGGAUCUGGGCCUGUCAGACCGCUCAGAGUUGUUGAAACGCCAAGCGGCUUAUGUUCGAAGGUGUGAGGGGAAAGAACCGACGCACAAAACGUGGGAACAUGGACCCAAAGACCCCAGGUGGUGUGAUUCUGUAUAUAGGCACUUCAGCUUGCCCAAGUCCGAAUCCAGGGAGCCCUUUAAGCAGCUAUCUUCCACAGUCGCCGCAGUCCUUCCCCUCCUCACCUGAAGAGGUAGUCUUCACUGAAAUUGCAGCAGUGAGACAUCAGAAUGCCAAUCCUCCACCUUCGAAUGAAGUUGCAUUUCAGUUUCCUGAGUCAGGAGUGUGGUACCAAAGCAAGGGCCCACAACCCACAACACUUCAAAAUACUAACAGUGCAGCGAAACUGAAUUCUGCUGGUGGAACAUUUGCAAAGACAGGAGGAAUGGUGUUGCUUUGCAAGGUUUGUGGGGACGUUGCAUCUGGAUUCCAUUACGGAGUUCAUGCCUGUGAAGGAUGUAAGGGAUUCUUCCGACGGAGCAUCCAGCAGAACAUUCACUAUAAGAUGUGUGUGAAGAAUGAGAACUGCUUGAUUGUGAGAAUGAACAGGAAUCGAUGUCAGCAUUGCCGCUUUAAGAAGUGCCUUGCCGUUGGCAUGUCCAGAGAUGCUGUCCGUUUUGGUCGUAUUCCAAAGCGGGAAAAACAGCGACUGAUGGACGAAAUGCAGAAGUACAACAACAGCAUAAAUGAAGCCACUAUGGAUGUCGACUCUGUGCCAGAGAUAGCACCCAGUUCUGACAACCAAUUAAACAAGGCCAUAAAUGCCAUAUCUCGUGCAUACCACAAUAUCUUUGUCUGUGGGCAUGACCGGAUGAACAAGUUUCUUCAAACUAACAGGGAUGCUCUCCGUAAGUCUGAUAACUUCUUCUAUUUGAGAGACCAGGGAAUUGCCAAAUGUUACAACCUUGGGCAGUACAACUCCUCUGCUACUGUAAACCAUUACACUUGCCCAGGACAACAAUCGUCAUACAUCGACAGCCUGACAGAUAGCUUCACUAACAUGAUAUACUGCACUCAGCAAGGUAGCUGUGUUGGGAGCCCUCCUGCAGGCCAUGGAGAUUUUGAAUAUGACUUCUCUGAAUCAAGACAUCAGCAAUCAUGGCCUUGGAGAACAUCAUCCAGAAAAGUACUGGCAUGCCCAUUAAACAGUAACCCACAUGCCGUUACCAAUAAAAGCAGUCAGCAGGUAUGGGAUGACUUCUCUCUAUGCUUUACUCCAGCAGUGAAGGAAGUUGUGGAAUUUGCCAAGAAUAUCCCUGGAUUUCUGUCUCUUUCGCAGCAGGAUCAGGUCAUGAUUCUAAAGGCUGGUACAUUUCAGGUGCUGAUGGUGUGGUUCUCUUCACUUUUUGAUACCAAAAACAAGACUGUAACCUUUCUAAAUGGUGAGACGUACUCCCUGUCCAGUCUUCGAGUAAUGGGCAUGGGAUGCCUGCUGGAGUCCAUGUUUGAAUUCAGUGAAAAGCUUGACGUUCUUGCUCUUGAUGCAGACGAGUUAGCCCUCUUCAUGGCUGUUGUUCUGUUAUCUGCAGAUCGUUCAGGCAUUUCUAAUGUUGAAGCGGUAGAGCAUCUUCAGGAGACAUUGAUCCGAGCGCUGAGAACUGUUAUUAAUAGGAAGCACCCAGAUGACUGCACCCGCUUCCCCAAACUGUUACUCCGACUUCCUGACCUUCGGACCCUCAAUAACCUACACUCUGAAAAGCUCCUUGCCUUUCGUAUCGAUCCCUGAUGUGGGCAGGAAGAGACAGUAUAAGAGCAUGACAAAAUAUCUGUAUUACAGACAAAUUUUGGUGAAAUAUAUAGCAUCAUGGUUUCUCCACCACCUUUAUUACUAACAUAACAGACCUUGUACCAGAUGGCUACAUAACUUUGACUUUGGAAAAAAGUUGACUGCAUUCUCAUGUAUUGACUGUGCAUGUCUCAUAGCGUACUUCAUGAAGGAUUUUCUUGCUAUCAGGUUAACAAAACAGCAUCAGCAUUUGGUCUGAGCACUCAGGGUUCACACCAUCUUGUACAUAGAAUUGUACAUAUGUUUUUCCUGAAAGAGGACUUGACACACACACAUUCAGUUUUGAUAAUGCUUCUAAGAGAUGGCUAGCAAUUUUUCCUCUGUGACAAUACUUUGCAUGCAGCUGAUUCAUGUUACAAUUUUGCUAAUUUAAUUUUAGAUAGGGUAUUCAAACUUGACUUUUGUACCCUCAUAGUUGCACAUGCAUCCCACCCCCCCCCCCGAGUUGUACAGUUUGUUUAGCAUCUGAACAUCACUUAGAUGUGUAUUCAUAUGCUAAUUAGAUUAGUAGUUAUUCCUUUCUAGUUAAUGAACCUAAAAAAGUCUUUAAAUAAUAUCACAAAUUUUUGUCUCACUAAUCAUUCAUUAAGCUUAUUUUUUUUGCAAUGAAAAUCUGCUUAUUAAUUUCAACAUACUUGUUUUAUAAAAUUAAAAAUGCCUUCGGACUAUCUUUUCAUUCAUAUCACAUGGAAUUAACAUAAUUUCCUCGAUUUGACACCUUUUCUAUUUUGAUAUUUGGAUGUGUUGUACCAAAAGAUCUUGCACUGACAUAAAAAGGAGAUUUACUAUCAUGUUACUAAAAAGGCAAAUGCAGCAUGAAGGAGAUGGGUAGAGGAUGUUAAGUAGUAAUGAAGCUAGGGAGUUGUUUAGUAGAUGCAUGUAUAAUUAAUAUAUAUAUGCUAUGUGGGACUGUGUAAUGGGUAUAGUCGUGUGACUACAGAUGUGGGAGGUGGAUUGCUUUAAUGGUAAGGAUCAAAGAGAAUGCAGUGAUUUAUAGCAAGAUGAUGAUGAUGACGACUACCUAAUGCAGGGGAUGGGUAGUACUGGGAAGGAAAGUACAUCUGGGGUACAAGGUAUGCAUCAAUUUUGACAGAAUUGGUAUUAUAGUGGGGGAAGGGUAUGGUGACUGUAAGUGAAGAUAUAGCAGUCAAUAGAGUUCAGGAAGGUGUACGGCUUUAAGAGCAGACAAUAAGGUAAACAUCAGAGAUGGUGGGUAGAGAAACCUAUAAACAAGGGGAAAAAUGGAGACGAGGAGAAGUAGAAGGAAAUUCGUCACAGGACAGCUAUAUAUCCACAAAUACAUUAUUGUAAGAAGUAAUACUCAAAUGCAUGUUUAAAAUGCCCACAGAUUAGUAAAGGGACAUGAGGAAUUAGAUCAUAAUAUGAUGUUAUGUACAAUAAUACCAAAUUCAGGCAUGUAUUCCAGGUAGAAAUGAAUCAUUAAAAUACAUUCUUCUGUUAUUUGGUCAGUUUAAAACUGGAAAGGUAAUGUUCAUAAAUUAAUAGAGCAUUCUUAUUGGAAGAAAAAAAAUAAUUAUGAUAGAUGGACUCUGAGCAUGGAUGAUACACAUCUGAGUUGGUUACAACCGUAAGGACAGAUGAAAAUUUUCAGUAGGUAAAUGUAAGGACGUGGUUGAUCUUUUUGGGGGAUGCCCAUGUAACUGUUAGGAUGUGGCUGAUUUCUUUGGGGAAUGGCACACGUAAAUGUAAGAAUCUGGCUGAUCUCUUUGGAGAUGGCACAAGUAAGUGUAAUGACAUGUCUGAUCUCUCUGGGAGAUGGCACAAAUAAAUGUAAAGAUGUGGAUGAUCUCUUUGGGCAUGGGACAAGUAAAUGUAAGAAUGUGGCUGAUCUCUUUGGAGGAAUGGCACAAGUAAAUGUAAGGAUAUGGCUGACCUCUUUGGUGGAUGACACAAGUAAAUGUAAGGACGUGGCUGAUCUCUCUCAGGGAUGGCCCAAGUAAAUGUAAGGAUAUGGCUGAUUUAUUUUGGGGAUGGCACAAGUAAAUGUAACAACGUGGCUGAUCUCUUCUGAGGAUGGCAUAAGUAAUGUUUACUGCGCCAGUAGUAAGACUUCAUAGGCAGUUGAUUGUCAUUUUGGAGUCUGAGGAAACUGGUUCUAAGGUUUGGAUAAUUCAAAUGUGAGAAAACAGAAAAUUGUAGUUUUAAUAGCAGCAACUGGAAAUAUAUGGCAUAUAUAGAGAAAGAGAACAGAACAGAGCAAAUGGUUAAGUUAUAGUUUCUGCAGACCAUCUUACUAGAAAAGGUGUGUAAAUGUGAUGUCAUGACAUGAAGGAUUGAGAAAAUCUGUUUUCUAAACAUGAGCAGGACAGCCAUUGUAAGUGUUUUUUUCCCCUUUACUUCCAGAUAGACCUAUUAAGUGCUUAAUGAAUUUUUCAAUAUCUUUAAAUGUUACAUUUGCAAUUACUGUAUAGUUACUUCUAGUGACAUAAACUUACCUUUUUAUAAAUUAGGAGUACAUUGUGGGGUGUAUAUUACUUUGUGAGUUCUAAGGGUUUACUAUUCUAUAAAAAGAAAGGGGACACAGCAGGGGAUCUGAACAAAACAAGAGGUAGAUGUUCAUGCAAUACAAAUGUCAAUACCUUGAAGUUUAGGGUGAAUUGGCCACAUGCCGUGCUAAUGGAUCAAUCCAUUGACAUUACAAGCAUGACAAAAUAUAAGCCCCAGGAAACAAGGACCCAUAUGAUGCUUUUGGAAUUUAGGUUACACUGGAGAAUAUUAAUGUAAGUGAAGAGUGGUAAAAGAUGUACCAGAGAGGAAGUGGUGGAUGGUGAAUGAGCAGUGAGACUUAACAGGAAAGGAGAGGGAUCCUUGGAAGAUGCUCACAGUGUACUGUUCAGCAGGGGCAGAGAAAAGGACAACAAUAGACAUGGAAGAUGCGCAAAAGAAAACAAAUACUGCAAAGGUGGUGCCUCUCCAUGUUACAGCAAUAAAUGGGGGGUAUUAUUACCAGACUAUGGUAAGUGAGGGGGGUGAGGACCUCCCACUGGAUGUUUCAGAAACUGUGCUGGUCUUCACCCUCUCUACUGAAGAAGGGAUUAAUGGAGCAUGUAGGCAGCAAAGAUCAUUAUGGAGAGUGGGAGUUGCAGGGUAAUAAAGAAACUGAUCUGAGGUUUGAAGAUAGAUGUUUAUCUGUUGAGCAGAAAAAUAAUCACUCAUACCCACUGAAUGGAGGGGAUAUGGGUGACAUUAUAGUUGUGAUAGCGACACAUACAAGUGUGUAAUGUAAUAGGACUGUAAGAUAUGGGCUAGGAACAGGUACCAGCUUGGCUGAAAUGGGGAGGAGGAAGAAAGGAUGGCUGAUAAGGGUGUAAAUGGAUAGGAAGGUGUAUUAGAUGGAAAUAUUAACUCUGUGAGGGUGAGAAAAAGGCAGCCAGUAAUAUACUGAGAAUAAAGUCUGUAUCUGAGAGACAUUUGUUUUGUGGGGAUUCAUAUGGUCAUCAAGUGUUCCGUUAAUGCAUGUAGGACCACAAAAGGAUUCAGCCAAAGCUUAGUCUAGUUGGUAGGAAAAGGCCUGAGAAAGAUAGGGAUUAUUCACAUCUGCUUUCACAAAGGAACAAGAGGGCUGGUUUGCUAGUGUGGAAGAGAUCACUUGUAAAUGGACAAGAAUGGACUUUUUAGAGUACUAACAGCUGAAGAGGAAGAAAAUGAUCUCAUGUUUGUGAGAACUGACAAGGGACAAAAGUCAAUUUGUUUACAUGAGUGCACGAGUUAUUGCAGAUAUUUGGACAUGGCUGAUGACAAUACUGCAAAGAAGUUUUGGAUUCUAAAUAUUGACAACAGCUGUGGUAUUUCACAGGGGAUACUGGGCUAAUCAGAUUUAUUAAGUUAAUAUUUGUUACCUGGGUAGGUGACCCGGUUUGUGUACCCUUUUCAGCCAUGAUCUGGGCCAUACAAAGACUGUAGAUAUAAAGAAACGGUAAUACAAUUAUUAUGUGAAUACACAUAUAAAACCAAUUGCUUGCCCCUUCACUGACUAAAAAUACAAGAAAAAAAUAUGAUUGUGCCUUGAUAGGAUAUCAUAAGCAUUAAUUCAAUAGAGGUUUUGCCAGGCCAAUCUGCGAUAGUUGUGUGAUUGGACUUUAUCAGUGGUAAUUAAAGCCAAACCGAUGAUCUGUCACUUGUGGAGUUCUGCAACACCUCUGACACCCUGGUUUGCAACAGGCUGAUGAUGAAGGUAAAGAACUUUGUGAUGGGACACAGAUUGGUAUAGCUGAUAGAGAACCUGGUAAAUGAUAAGAAACAAAAGGUAAUGACUAGAGCUGAAGUGUUUGCUGAGAAGCUGACCAUUAGAUGCAGUUCUCUUCAUCAUGUUUGUAUCUAACAGAUUGAUCCUGGUCUGCAGUCCCAUCUCGUUACUGAAAUCCCCUAACAGGUGCUGUGGUAUAGAAUGGGAUAGACAACAACCUUCAGCAAGAUGUGGUAAACCUGGCAGGGUGAACAGCUGUGAGAAAGCUUGGGUGCAAUAUAGCAGGAGACGUGCAUGCACAUUUGAAUGUAACGCAUAGUCUAGGCAGAGUACAUAUACAGAAAAAUAGAUCUGGAAAUGGCCGCCACUUCUAAGCUCAGAUGUGCAAUAUAGAAUAAGCUGGGUGUGAUUGGGCCAGUGCAUUUUUGUGUUACAUAAUAUGAGGGAAGAUGUUAAGGAAUCAGAUUUCAUGCUUACACUGCACAGGACAUUCAUAAUUCUGUACAUUGACUACCAGUUACCCUUCUGAAGGGCAUAAAGAUAAAAAAGACAUCUAGCUUGUGGAACAAGUUCAGAAGAGAGAGACUAAAAAGUGAGGGAAAAAUUAAAGUUUCAUAGUUUAGUACUAGGCUAUCUGCCCUGAGGCAUUUGCAAGCCUAGCC